AUGCUGGCCUUCAAGAAGUUCACAGACAAUCUCUUUUCUAAGAAGACAUUAAGAUAUGUGUUCACAACUCAUUUCUGGGGACCGGUAUCGAAUUUCGGGAUUCCUGUUGCUGCUGUUCUUGAUUUAAAGAAGGAUCCAGAAUUGAUUUCCGGCCCAAUGACUGGUUCAUUGAUAGUAUAUUCUUUAGUGUUUAUGAGAUACUCGUUAGCGGUAACACCUCAGAAUUAUUUGUUAUUUGGGUGUCAUUUUGUUAAUGAGUUGGCCCAGUUGGCUCAAGGGUUCCGAUAUGUAAAAUUCCGUUCUUCAACAAAGCCGGAAAAGGAAGAGGUUCAAGUAGCUGCUGUUGAGCCUUCAAAGUAG